AUGGUUUCGUGGACGCAAAUCUUGAUCAACGCCCUUGCCUUGGCCUCGGUCUUCGAAGGUGGAAGAGCAAGCCAUGUUUCUCUAUCAAACAUAUACGAAGCAGCUGAAGCUGUCACCUAUCAACUGGGCGACACUACAUAUCUUGCCAAUGCAAAAAGUCCCCAGGGUACAUUGACAAUCAUCAACCCCAAAGAUAAUAAUCCCCACGCUGCUGGCAGAAUCAAAGCAUUGACAGUCAUCAUUGCAAACGAGACUAUCGUGACUGCGCACUACAUCAGCGUCAUAAUCUCGAGCUAUCUGGCCAAUGACGACGUUUUCUCGGCAGGGUUUCUCGGUUCCGUCUAUAUCACCUCAUCAGCCCCCAAUGCCAGUAUACAGGCUGAUGCUUUGGAAUAUCUUUCGAGUGUCGGUGCUGAGAUCAUCUUUAUUGACUCCAGUGUCUUCAAGAUCCAGAGUGGACGAGCAAUACUGGUGCAAUACACCUCCGCUAAGAUUCUAGCGCCUGGUCCAUAUACAGCCGUAAUGUCGAAAGACAAGGUUAGUCUUCUAGACACGUACCGCCUAUACCCAGACACAUACCGUGAUUUUGUCACCGGUAUAUAUCCAUCGAAUGAUGGCAGCGGCUCCUUUAUGCCACUUCAAUCUAUGUCUUCCAGGCUCUGGGCACCGUUGGUCCCGGUUCCGAGCCGCAUCCAAGCAUGGGGAGACUCACGGCCGUUGGCUGGCAAACGGGUGGCUGUCAAAGAUAUAUUCGACAUCAAAGGGCUGCAGACAUCAGCGGGAAGCCAGGCCUGGAUUCAGACCACGUCUCUUGCCAACAGAACUGCGCCCGCGAUUCAGCGGCUGGUGGAUCUGGGCGCGGUUCUCGUAGGGAAGCAAAAGCUGGCACAGUUUGCGUCCGGUGCGAAUCCCUGGGAUUGGACUGAUGGGCAAGCUCCUUUUAACCCAAGGGGUGAUGAAUACUUGACUUGCGCAGCAUCAACGUCCGGUGGGGCCUGCUCGAUUGCGGCGUACGACUGGCUGGAUGCAGCGAUUGGGAGUGACACUGGUGUUUCAAUUCGUCGCCCAGCAGCUGUGACGGGAACCUUUGGAAACCGACCCAGUCAGGGAAUGAUAACGCUGGAGGGCAUGCUUGCCCAGAAUUGGGCACAGGACACAGCUGGUGUCCUCGGGCGGAACCCAGCCGAAUGGGCCAAGUUUGCCAAGGCAUGGUAUACUCCAGAGCUUCACCAGCCAGAAUCGAUUACUGGACUAUCUCCUCUGUCGGUGCAGGACACGACGACAUUCCCAGCCCAGAUCCUGUACCCGGAUGAGCAAUUUCCCCUUCUUAAUCCCGCCGCCCAGGAGAUCGUUGACACUGUUCUCUCGAGCAUAGCAAACGCACUCAACAUGACUAUCAAGCACACGAACCUUAGCGCCACGCUCGUCGAUGCACCUAUCCUUUCGGACAAGAAGGACAGCUUGGACCGUCUGCUAAUGGCAACAGCUACCCUAACGUAUUGGUCAUCACAUGUCGCUGUCGCCGACCCUCUCAUGACUGAAUGGGGACGCCGUUACGAAGGACGAUUCCCUCCAGUAGAUCCACUGUGGCGCAAGGAGUGGUCGCAAUUCAACGCCAGCAUGAUCAACCAAGCAGCAUACGACCAGGCCUUACGGGAUAAAAGGAAGGGUGUCGACUGGUUCGAAAAGAAUGUUCUGCCGGAAACCCCACAGUCCUGCUCGGAGUCAUUAUUGAUAUGUGACAUUGGCACUGGUGGGCUGCCCAGCUUCCGGGAGAAAGCCCUCAACGAGGGACCGAAUGCCACGUUUCUGGGAAGGGUGCCAGACGGGGCUGCGAUACCCUGCUCCAUGAUAUGCCCUAUUUUUGGCUGUGCCGACUUCACCAUUCCCUUGGGCCAAGUGCCUUACCAUUCGCCGGUGUCGAAUGUGACUGAGCAGUUCCCCGUGAGCAUCAACAUGAUCGUGCGGCGGGGAUGCGACUUUGUAUUGUUCAACAUGGUUGAGAAGCUGGCGCAGGCUGGUGUCAUCCGAACCGUCAAGACUGGCAAGCAGGCAUUUUAG